GCUGAGAUUACACACGGAGCCUCUCCAGCCAAGCAGUGUGUGCUUCGUGGAUGCUGCUAUGGUGUGUGCACCGUCGACAAUUUAGCGGUGACUGCUCGCGUUUAUUCAAGAGGAGAAGUAAACAAAGGGGCUGUUUACGCAUUGGAGAAUAUGAGUAAAGUGGACGCACCAUGUCGUCCCAGCGCCUCUCUCAAAUUCACCAUUGACAACAUCCUCAACCUGAAAACAAGCGGGCGCGGCAGUGACAGCUGUCACCCCCAAAGAGAGCGCGAUGUCUCGGCUACGACGACGUGUCAAGGCCGCAUCCUGCAGAGCAACCUGGAGGGGCCCGCAGCUCAGCGCAGGCACGAAUCGGACGAGAGGGACUUUACCCAAGAGAAUAACCGGGCCAGCGACUCGGCCAUCGACAUUCACGGUCGGGCUUCGGAGACGCGCUUCGAGAGCGGGGACAGUAGUUGCGACGACUGCAGCUCCACCACCACGACCACGGAGAUUCUUAAAGCGGACAGUCCCACGAAGAAGAGUAAAAUGAUCACGAAAAAGAAAACGCGCACCAUUUUUUCCAAGAGACAGAUCUUCCAGUUGGAGUCUACGUUCGACAUGAAGCGCUACCUGAGCAGCGCCGAGCGCGCCUGUCUCGCCAGCUCUCUGCAGCUCACCGAAACGCAGGUGAAGAUAUGGUUCCAGAACCGCAGGAAUAAGUUGAAACGGCAAAUCUCGAGUGAAAUCGACGGACCGGUGAGCGACUUCCCGGAGACGGUGAAGCCCGUGGUGGUGGGUCAGCUCCCCGCCUUAUACAAGGAGAGCAGCUUGCUGGGGAGGUGCCUGAUGCCCAUGCCAUUGCCCGUCGUGUACCCGGGUUCGAAUACGCCUUACCUCUGUUUCUCCAACACCAGCAAGUACUUCAGCCUCUAUGACGGGGACGUAUGACACUGCCACCAAGCCUGCAUGUGUAAACAGACACUUUUGUUUGUGCCAACUGGAGCAUUUAUGGCGUUAAGCCUAUCCAAUUCAAAAGGCCGGACACUGGCCCAUCAGUGUUUAAAAGAAGGCUGCAAGUAGUAGGAACAUAUCACAUUCAAAUGAGCUGUUUUUGGUAUUAUUUAUUUCUUAGCCUGGCUUUUGUGUAGGCCUAACAUGCACUUAACACCUGAAAAGAGAACAUGUAGCAGGCCUAGCAGAUGAAUAGCCUGCCUGGCUGUGCAUGGCCUACAUCUGUAACAUCUUCUUGUUUACAUGAUAGCCCUUUCUCAUUGUUAUUGUUAUUAUCAUUAUUAUUCUCAACAACAGCCUAUGCCACCAAAGAAAUUAAUAUACCAUGCAUGCAUUUAUAAUAUCAUAAGGACUUUUGGAUUACAGAAAUUAUAUGUAUUUAAAUGAAUGUCAUUAACAUUUUAUUCACGCAUGUCUAUUUUUUGUCCUUAAGUAUCUUACACUUACGUUAUUCUUACAUUUGCCUUUAGGCUCAUUACAGCAUUUACUGCAACUGUAAUUAAAACCUCUUUAUUCA